AUGGUGUCAUCGGCCCCAACUUCGCCAAUUAUCGCAAAUUUACUAUCAGUUCCAACCAACGAAGAUAAUCAACAAGAGCAACAAACUCAUGGCAAGAGCAAGCGUACACGACCAUACUCAGCGUCAUUGAACCAAAUUUAUACCCCCAAAUACGCAAGUUCCGUCGGUAUUAACAACAACGGCAACGACCACAAGCCAAAAGAGAACAACUACACUGCGUCUUCCACAAACAUCUCAACCUCAAACAAUUACACAAGCUCACCAGACUCUGGCACAUCUGAAGAGGAAAAUGGCUCGCUGCUACGAAAUACCGACUAUACAAUUUCACAUGACGAUGACGAGUCAGCAACAAGCAAAGUGGAUGGACAGGGAGUAGACACCAAAAAUUUUGGAUCCAAAACUGCUUCAGGCCAUUCACGAAUCUUCAAUUGCAAGUUGUGCCAGCGAGCGUUUACCAGAGAAGAGCAUUUAACUAGACAUGUACAAUCGACCCACAACAAAUUGAAACCCUUUGUAUGUGGUAUUUGUUCGCGACCAUUUUCCAGGCGAGAUUUACUACUUCGGCAUGCAAAGAAUCUACAUGAUGGAAGUGAAAAGGCAAUCAAUAGAAUACGGAGGUCUUACAAGAAUAAAACGGUUGACUACGGAGCUGGACAGGGUAAUGGUACUAGUCUUGGUAGUAUACGAGUACAAAGAGGUGGUUCAACAAGUGACGAGACUGAAGUAUCUGAAGAAGAUAACGAAGAAGAGCAACAGGAAGUUUAUACAGAUCAAAGAGUUUUGAGCUCGCUGAUCAAGAAUAACAAGCAUCGCCAAGAUACAAAUGCGGGCGCUUCUACCAAUGAAUUGACAUCGCCUAUUGACGAAUCACCAGAAUCUAAGCGGUUGAAAAUGUCGGUAAAUAUGCUAGUUAGUUAA